AUGGAUUCGAUUCGAGACAAAGUCAUUGCUGUCACUGGCGCAGGAAGUGGCAUUGGGCGCUCGACCGCGAUACAGUUGAACAAGCAGGGCGCCAAGCUCUCAUUGGUAGAUUUGGACCCAGUCGGCCUCGCCAACACUAUGAAAAUUCUUGAAAACGAAGGAACUUCGAAGGAUGUCUUCUCACUCGUGGUAGACGUAUCUGAUGCGAAUCAAGUCAGUGACUGGAUCGACAAAACAGUGUCGAGGUUCGGUCGAUUGGACGGUGCCGCCAAUAUCGGUGGUAUCUUUAAGCCAAAGUCUCUCUUCAACUCAACAAUGCAAGAUUGGGACCUCAUGAUGAACGUGAAUGCAAAGGGGGUUUUCAAUUGUUUACAAGCCCAGAUAGCUGGCAUCGGUGACAGGGGGGGAAGCAUUGUCACUGUUGCGUCGGCAGCAGGUAUUAGAGCCCUCCCUUCGGCACCGGUAUAUGCAGCUUCCAAGCAUGCUGUUGUAGGCCUCUGCGCCUCCGUGGCGGCUGAGGUCGGAUCAAAGAACAUCCGUAUCAAUACAGUCGCGCCAGGGUUUAUCGACACUCCAAUGACCCAGAGUACCGUACCAAGAGAUGCGAAUGGAGAGUCAGCGACGGACAGAGCAAACCCCAUCGCUCGAGCCGCGCAUCCGGAUGAAGUCGCUAGUGUAAUUGUUUUCCUAUUGAGCGAGCAAGCAUCCUUUGUAACAGGAGCUUGCUGGCCGGUUGACGGUGGAAAUACUAUCUGA